AUGAUUACUUUCAAAAUAUCCUUCCUACUUGGUUUCAACUCAGUGAAGAAGCUACCAAAGAAACGAAAUCAGAACAAUAAUGAGAAAGCAACGAAUGUCAGAGAAAAGAAAAAGAAACUGGUGCCUACUGUGGAAGAUACCUCUGAAGUCACGUACGACGCCAGUAAUAUUGUUGGUGCAGCACAUAUUCAAUAUGAAUUGAUUCCAAAUAAGUUACAGUACGACAUCGACAUAGUUUGUUGGGGACCAGUAGCAAAAAUUUUAACGAAUGACGGUCAAAUAGCAAUGUUGACUGUGGUCGAGAACGAAACAGCGUGGAUCCCUGUCUGCUUGGAACAUUACUUGAAGGAGAUGAACCUCACUGAAAUAAAGGCUUUACACAACCACAUAAUUCAGUUUGAUAUAACCGAUCAUAAAGAAAAGGCAGCUGGUCUAGUAAAGAAUGAGAAAAUAACUCUUAAUCUAGAAAAUAUCAAAGAUAACAAGGUAUUUACUGAAAUCAAAGUUGACGGGGAUGAAAUCGUUCAGUGGAAAGAUCCAGAAUCGCUAGAAAAUAUGAUGAAGAAUAUCGUUAUGAGAUGUGUCAACGUUCCAAGGGAUGAACCGAUUUCUUGCGCACUGGUGCCAGAUAACUGCGAUGUUUUCUACCAAAUUAUCAAAAAACUGAACUCCGGGGAGGACGUCGAAUGCAGGGAUUUUGUUUUUUCGUGCUCGCCUCAAGAACGCCAGAAGUCAAUCAGUAUCGGAGGCACAUCCUCCUCCAAAGUUGCUAAAAACAAAUUACUUCCGAAGUCAGUAGCAUCUAAGAAAGUGAAGGAGAAAAAAACUGUUAUGGAUAAAGUUACUAUCAAAGUUCCUGCAGAGAUAUUCUUCACGGAGUCCUCGCCGACAACAUACGGGAUGAGCUGCAUUACAGGUUUUAUGAAGAGCACAUUCAUUUCUGUAGUGAAUGAGAAACUCUUGACUCGGGCUCAGAAACUCGUGCUGAAUCCGCUAGUGGUCAAGAUCAAAAAGAUCAAUAACCUUCCUGUUAGUACUUUGAAAGAAGCUGGUGUGGAAACAAUUUAUGCUUCCUAUAACAUACCUUAUAUUGCCUACUGUGAAACAGUAAAGAAAGCUAUCGACACCAAAGUGGUGUUCAACGAAGCCCACAUGCAUUUUUCUGACACAGUUUCCAAAAUCAAGGUGAUCGAGUUCAUGCAGACUCAAAAGUUCUUUGUGGAAAUCUACGGUAACAUAAAUGCCCCUGAGAUCAAGCCGAAGUGUAGCCUUUUCGGAGAGGAGGAAGACGAUAAGGAUAUUAGCAAAAUAUCCCCCAGCUUUCAACAUUUUGAAAGGGAUGAAGGUAGAAGUGAUACUAAAGUGUUACUGGCCGUCGCUUCUUUUGAUGUCAGUUCCUUGAUCGAGAACGUUUGGGAUUUCAAAGAGAAAGCCCAGUGUCAUUUACCGAAUAUAACCGCGACGAGUAGGCCAAGGGAAUAUUCGGAGAGAGUGCAGUACAUAGACAUGCAGACAGCGAACGAAAUUAAUAUAGUACCCAGGUGUAAGCGGCAGAAAUAUAUAUUAACAGAGGAAGAGCUGAUAAAAUAUGGAACUACUUUGAAGGUUGAAGUCUAUCUGAUGGCUCCACAGGCAGCGUCUCUAAUCCUGCAUCAAAUACCCAGAACAUUCAAGAGAAUUUUCAUGGUCAUAAAUAACUGGGAACUAGCUAAGAGCGUGUUUACCGAUAUAGCAGCACACAAUGAGAAUUCCCUCAGGAAGAGAUUGAAUUUGAAAAAUACUGAUUUGGCGAACAGCGAAAUUUUAACGGGUUUUCUUGUUGAUAACGGCAACAAUUUUUUCUUCUACUUAGAAGGACCAUCCACUGGAUUUAUCUUGAAUAUCUGGCACGAAAUGAACACCUGCGACGUUAGUAUGUGUAGAAUAUUCUUCAACACUGACAAUGCCUUCGAAAAGAGGUUGUACAUGCAGUUUAUUUCCGAUGGCGUGUAUGUUGUGACCCUGAAGAUACCGUUCCACGAUAUUUUAGCUAAGUCCGGGUUAUACUGUGGAAAAACUCCGCCACCAUAUGAACAAGAACGAGUUCAAAAGAAGACCUUCGUAAAUUGGAUCAAUUCUUAUCUAUCUAAGCGAGUUCCACCGCUAAAGAUAGAAGACUUGAUCGAAGAUUUGAAGGAUGGAACUAAACUUUUAGCAUUACUAGAAGUAUUGUCUGGAGAGAAACUGCCUAUGGAGAGAGGCAGAGUUCUCAGAAGACCGCAUUUCCUGAGUAACGCCAACACAGCCUUGCAAUUCUUAACUUCGAAACGGAUCAAACUAGUCAACAUAAAUGCCAGCGACCUGGUGGACGGGAGACCACCAGUCGUCCUUGGACUAAUUUGGACGAUUAUUUUGUAUUUCCAGAUCGAAGAAAACAGGAGACAACUCGAAUACUUGACGCAGUGGGAGAGUACCAGCAGUUUGGAGAGUGCUGGAACUUCUUCUUCGAAAGACAAAUGGAAGCAAGGUGCCAGAAAGACCUUACUCCACUGGGUGUCUAACGCCCUACCAAGCGACUCUGGCAUACAAAUAAAAGAUUUUGGUGCCAGCUGGAGAGACGGUAUAGCCUUCCUCGCAAUCAUAGACGCUAUCAAAAAGAAUCUGGUCAAUAUUGCCGAAAUGAAAAAAGCUUCCAACAGAGCGAGACUUGAAACAGCAUUCGACGUCGCUGAAACCGAACUGGGCAUUUCCAGAUUGUUGGAUCCUGAAGAUGUGGACGUACCCAAGCCAGACGAAAAAUCCAUCAUGACUUACGUAGCCCAGUUCUUGCACAAAUAUCCCGAGCCUAAGAGCACUGGUCCGGACGCUAUAGCAGCUAUUCAAGAGGAAUAUGGCGACCUUCUCUCUUGGUUGAUACAGAAAACACAGUAUCUAGAACACUUGGAACAGACCAACUCGUUGCCUCCGAGUUACAACGAGUACUUGGCUUUCAAAUCGGAGGUCGACGAUAAAGAAAAAAUGUAUCGCAAGCUCAAACACCUUUUGGAAUCUCAAAGCAUAGUGUCCAUAGCCAAGGAAAGCUGGAUUGAUAUAAGCAAGCUUUGGAAACAACUUCAGCAACAGCUGUUGCACUGGCUGUGGUUCUUGGACUCGCUCCUACCGGGCGAUUUCAAAUUUGUCGGGGAAUGGUUGGCAGCUGCUGAGAAACUUAUUUACUUCGACGAAAUUCCCUCGGCCAUGAACGAAGAGACAGCCACAAUAAUCAGCAGGAAGCUCGAAGAGCACAAAGCUUUCUUCGCCGAUAUGCCAAUGGUGCAGCAGAAAUUUGCCCAAGCUUGUCAGAGCCCGCUGGCUAGAGAAGUGCCUUCUGAACAGUUGAAUAAUAUGGCUGUUAGACUGAACGACGUUGGAGCUAAAGCUGUUCAACGUAGAGUUAGACUGAAAUUCCUUGAACAUAAGCAAAGAUGUAUCGUGUUUCAUUGUCUAAUCUCCAUAUCAAAAAAUAUAAUUGCUAUUAUUGUGGACUUCGAGAAAUGGUUGAAACAAGCUGAAAGUUCUAUGAAUCUACCAGAAGAAAGAAAAAUGGAAUUCUUUCAAGACAUCAGUGUUUGGAGAGACAACUACCAACUACUAGGAGAUACGGUUAGUUUUCUCAUCGCUACGUGCGAGAGUCAAAUAGCUCUCCAACUCAGAGACCAAUACCAAGCGAUGACGGAAAAAUGGGACAAAAUAUAUCCUCACGUCAACAAAUACAGUCACGCCGGUGAUAUUUUGAGGAAUCGCAAAGAUUUCAGAGCUGGAGUCGAAGUUCUCUCAAACUGGCUCAGAAAAGCUGAAGAUAUUCUAAAUACUCCCAGCUUAGGUUCGAUGGAAAGAAUAAAACAGCACACCCAAAAAUUAAUCAAGUUGCAAGGAGAAGUCGAAGAAAUCGAAAAUCUAUUCAAGAACAUCAGCAAAGCCUUCCAAACGCUGAUCCAAGAUUUAUCUAGAGAAGAAGUGGACAAGAUGAUGAACACGCUGAAGCAAGAAAAAGAAACGUUAGUGAGAGUGAGAGCUCUUAUUCCAUCACAAAUACACUUGUUCAAUCAACUAUUAGUGCAGCAGGAAUCCCUAGAAGCCGGGCAGAGGGAAAUAAACACAUGGCUUGACAGCGCUGAGACGCUCCUCAGCAGCUUGAACCUCGAGGGCGACAAAGAGCAGCUGAAGGAACAGAUUGACAAACUGAAGCAGUUUUUCACCAGAACGCUGUACUACAGAUCGAUGUUGGACAGUAAAAACAAAGUUAUGAACAACAUCAUCAAGUCGGUAGAUCAAACCAAGAACACGGAUGUAGCUCACAUGACUGCCAAAAUGGAACAACUCAAUGACCGAUUCGAUUACGUAACACAGAACAGUCAGCUCUGGGAGCAGAAGCUCCAGGAAGCAGUACGUUGUUGGUAUAACUUCUCUGAAUGCGAAAAGGUAAUCGCAAACUGGCUCAACCAAGCCGAAAAGCUGACCCUGGAGAAAAGGAUAGACAGCAAGGAAACAGUGGAGAAACACAAAAACUUUUUCACAGUAAACGAAAGAUGGAUCCACGAUUUGGUCCAAAGCGCGCAGGAUUUGUGCACGUGUCUGCCUAAAGAGCAGCACGCUCCUAUACUGGCAUCGGUGGACCACCUGCAGCACAAAUGGAAGGAAGUAUUGUCUUUUGCUCCUUUACAUCUAAUGCGACUGGAGUUCAGGCUGGAUGAAACGACCUUCAACUACUAUAUUAAGGAAAUCGAGAAAGAAAUCACUAGCGAGCAAAUGUCGUUUAGCAGACAAGAAAACGUAGAAGCUAUCCUCAAGAGAAACAAAGAAUUCUUUUCCACUCGUGGUCCCUUGACAGAGACUCAACGUAGUUUAGACAAUUUGAUGAAGAUUUCCGAAUUGUACACCAAGAACCACCCACAAGACCUCAGCGUGCAGGAAGCAGCCGAAAGAGCUCAGCAGCAAUGGAAGAACGUUAGUACCAAGGUCGAGAUGUUAGUGAGACAGCUUACCAAAAUUCCCGAGAGGUGGCAAAGUUAUCAUGAAAAGUUCAACGAGCUCAGCAAGUGGAUGGAUGCAGUCGAUGGCGCUUUGAAGAAUAUUUUGAACGACGUCAAUUCUAUGGAAGAGUUCGAACGCGAGAAGGCUGUGUUCCAGAACAUCUGUAAAGAAGCCGACUCAAAACGGGACGACAUGAAAUGGUUGGUUCAAACAUUAGAUUCUCUAACGUCUCACUGUCCGGAAACCGAAGCCCUACAAGAACAAAAGAACCUAGAAGCCCUAAUCAUUCGUUACAAGAAUCUCAUACCUUCUCUCGAGAUCACCAUGGUGAAAACAGACACCAUAUCGAAAUGUUAUACCUACAGACGUGAAGUACGAGAAAUUUGCCAAUUGCUCAAACAAGUACGUGAGCAGUCAAAAACAGUUAGUCAACCAACAUCGCUGGAAAUUGUCAACCAAUCGAUACGCCAACAGGAAACUGCCAUUUCGCAAUUGGAUGUACAAAGGCCAAACGUUAUGUCACUCCUGCAGAAGGGCAAAGAACUCAGUAGGGACGCAAAUGCUCCUAGCUUCAUAAAAGAGGAAGUAAAAUCACUCGAAACCGGAUGGACGGAAACAUACGAUGAAACCAUUGAAACUCUCCACAAGUUAAUUGAGACGCAAUACUUGUGGACUAACUAUAGCGAACAGAAACAAGAAAUUGUUGACCUAUUACGUAAGGCGGAGGAAGAUCUCAAAAGCCUGAAACCUAAUGUUUCCUCUAGCACCAUACCCUCGGAACUUAUGGCUAAACAGGAAAUGGCCAUUCAUUUGAGAGAAGCAACUGAAGACAUGCUAAGGAAUCUGAGAGACUUAUGUGUUAAACUAAGUAAACAAGCACCAGAUCAGAAACCAAAAUUGGACCAAGAGGUACAACAGAUCGAACAGCGUCUCAACACGACCUUGACAAACGUCACCGAGCGAGUGGUUAUGUUGGAACAAUACAACACCAAAUGGAAUUCUCUACAUAACACUCUGGGGCAUCUACAGAAGUGGACCGCCCAUGAAGCUCCUCAAUUACUUUCAGCUGUUGAUGAAAUAGUCGAGUCACCGAAAGAACGGGUUGUAAAAGUUGAGCAACUCCAAUCGGAGGUUAUCCAGAAGAUGAAUCAGCUGGAUGAGUUAAACAGAGAAGCCCAACAACUCCUCACAGACGAAUCUUCAGAUGCUCUAAAACUCAAAGCGGAAAUGGUGGCAAUUCAGGAUCAAGUCACCGCUCUGAACAAAAGCGUCGAGAGCCAAACAGCAAUAUUAUCAAGGGACUUGAAGAACUGGGAGGCUUAUCAGGCUAGUUUACAAGAAAUCACUCCUUGGAUUGAGGAAGCGGAAGUGAAAAUCCAGCUAGGACUUCCGAAACCAGCAACUUUGGAAGAAGCAGUGCAAAUUCAGAAUCAAACCAAACAGUUUGGUAAAGAGGUAGAUCAGAGGUUGCAGAAGCUGCAGGGCGUUGCAAACUUGACACAAAAAUUAUCUACAAAAACCAAUGCCCCCGAUGAAGUUGACUCGAUGCAGGUAAGGUGUUCUGUUGUGCACGAAACAACCAACCAGUGGAGCCAAAAAGCUGACAAGUUAGUUACCAACUGGCUUGAAUUUGAUGUAAAUCUGCAGCAUUUGGAGCAGUGGGUCACCAAGACCAAUGAAAUUUUGGCAACCCGUCCAAUAAACAUCAACACCCCUAAUGUAGACUCGCUGGAAAAGGAGCUGGCAAAACUCAAGGCGCUAAAUAACGAAAUAUCCGAGCAACAAGCUAAGUUGAUCGCGUUGACACAAAGCUCAGACAGCAUCAGUUAUAAUGUGAGUCCUGAAGGUGCGACUUUGAUGAAGGAACAGACGCAGGCGUUAAAAUCCAAGAUAAGUCAUUUGGCAGAAAGCGUUCGAGCCAAAAUAAACAGAGUGUCAGAUGCAAUAUUAGUGAAACAAGAUUUUCAAGCAAAGGUCGCAGACUACUCCAAUUGGUUAGAUUCAGUGAAAUCUAAAGUGGAUCAGAUAGAUGAAAUACCAGCCAACCAAGUAGACUCUGCUCUUUUGAAUGUUCACUCCUUGCUCCAGGAGUACUCUGAAAAACAACCAUUGUUCAAUACCAUUUACAGUGAAAUCAAAGACAUAACAAUUCAGUCGCCUCAAAAAUCUCUGGAACCAUUGUCAGAAGGGUACUCGACAUUGGUAUCGCAAAAUCAGAAUGUUGAACAUAAUCUGCUAGAAAAGAAACUGCAGCUGCAACGUUGGAGUGAGUUGUUGAACUGGCACGUAGACACUUCGAAUCAACUCACGCAUAUUAAAUAUCAAUGCGAUGCAGAGAACGUCACGUCUGAUGAUCUUCAAAAGCUCAUCAAAGAAACGGAUACAAUUAUUGAUAAAGUCAUCACUUGGAAACAAGCGGCCAAAGAGAUAGACAAGAACCAAAGUGUAAUGAUAUUGGAUAAAAAGACAAGUUUGCCUAGAACAGCGGAUAAUGUUGUAAGAGAAAUUGAAAUCGAUGCCAUCAACUUGAAGGAACAACUUUCUAGAAAAGUGGGUGGAUUAGAGAAGCUCAAACUCCAUUGGAACCAAUUCAAUGCCCUACAACAAAAAAUCACUUCGGACAUAAAUCAAACCAAGUUAGAGUUAGCAGCUAUUAAAAAUGAAGUCAAACACUCCAGUGAUCUGCCAAAAGCCGUUGAGCAGCUCAACAAGCUCCAAGAAAACCAAAUAAUAAAAUCUAAGAACAAAGAAGACUUACACAACCAAGCCUUACAGUUGAUGAAAGAAGACAUCCAGAAUGUUUCCACUAUUCAAAACUCUGUGACAGACAUUGAAAAUAGCUGGAGCAAAAUCAACGAAGAUAUCAGGGACGAAAAUUUGAAGUUGUCAGAUAUUAUAUUUUCUUGGAACGAGUUUCAAGCUGCCAAAGAUCGCGUGGUCAAAGACAUAGGAAAAAUCGACAAGAGUAUCGAGAAUCUGGAAGUACCAAACGAUCUAAUCCAAGCGAAUGUCAAUAGUGAAAAAGCUAGAAAAGCUAUGGAUGCAAUGAAAAAAUCCAGAGCGGUUUUGGAUAAGGCUGAUUCCAAGGGCCAGUCGGUCAUCAAAAAAGCAUCCAACAUACCAGGAAUAGAAACUGAAGUGCGAAGAGACCUCCAAAUAAUUAACGACGUUUGGUCUAAAAUAUACGAGAGGAUACUGAAGACGGUGCAAACCACUGAGUCACAAGCCGCAAUUUGGAAGCAUAUCGAGGACACCAAGUCAACCCUCCUCCAAUGGCUUGGUGAACAAAAUGACGCCUUGAUAAAAGCAGCUGAGACUCCUCACGCACUGGAAAUUGCAGCAUCCAAGUUGGCGAAAUACCGUGAAGAGCUUCCAGCACAUCAGCGACUGAAUCAGAGCAUUCCCCAUAAGUAUUCACAACUCGUCAAACUGACAGGCGAUAAGGAUAUUCCAACGGUGCAGUCGUUAGCUAAACUACUCGAAGAUCAGUUUUGUGAGUUAGAGGAAAACGCUCAAAAACUCGAGCAACUUACCUCCACUUUCGAAGAUAAUGAAAAAACCAUCCGAGGUGACAUGAAGGAUGUGAGUACGAAAAUUGCUAGUCUCAGAGAAGAUAUAAUCAAGUGCGAAGAUUUGUCCGGAGACAAUAACAAAAUUGCUGAGAGACUAGUGAAAAUGAGACAGCUGAAGCAAGAAUUGCUAGGAUGUGAAGGAGGUAUAAAGAAAAUCGAAAGUGACAUUCAGCAAAUGAAAAAGAACUAUCCUAGCUUUGGAGAGAGCCCCAUCUCUAAAGAACAGCAACUUUUGAAGAAGCGCUAUGAUACAAUAGUUUCUCAUUCUACAAAAAUCGAGAAUUCUUUAUUAGCUUUCCUCAAGAAGUUCCAUAACGAAAAGUUCGGUGCCUUGCAGAGAAUCAUAGCAACUCAAAGAGAAAAAAUUGAGUGGUGCUUACCCGAAUCUGCUAGCGAUAAAUAUAACUUACAAGUAAAGUUGAAUGCAUUAGAGCCAAUAUCCUCCGCUCUAGUAGACUGCGAAAGCCGCAAAUCGGAACUAGAAAACUCUAUCCAAGUUCUGGAACAGAUUGAAACCCCUGAUUCGAUUAAACUACUCAAAGCUGAAAAAGAUCAUUUGUUACUUGACCUGGACAAUCUGAAUCGCGAAUACGCGAAUACGAAAAAGAUUCUGGAAGAUAAUGUAGCUUUACACGACAAGUAUGAGAGCCUUUCAGAGAGCGUUACCAAUUGGCUCAAAGAAACGGAAAACCGAGUUAAAUCUGAGAGCAGUUUGCAGAUGGAUCUGAAUAACAUCGAUAGUAAAAUCAAAGAUAUCUCAAAGUUAUACCAAGAUGUGAAAAACUAUGGAAAUGAAAUACUGAAGUUGACACCCAUAAGUGAAGAACUAAUGAAACAAGUUCCGGAAACUCGCGUCACCCAGUAUGUUCAGCAUCUCAACAAUCGUUAUCAAGCAGUUACAAAAUUUUUGAUCCACUAUUUAGAGAAACUCAACGAACUCAAUAAUUACAAAACAACUUAUAGAAACUGUAUCCAAGAUGUCGAAAAUUGGUUAGUUCAAGCGGAAGAGAAAGUUAAAUCUUUCUCGAAAAUUGCCAGGAAGCCCAAUCAGGCUACAUUGGAAGAGCUGAAAAGCUUCGCGGGUGAGAAAGAAAACGGUCAAGCACUACUAACGAGAGCAGUAGAACAUGGCGAAGCUAUUUUCCCCGGAGUAACACCUGAAAACAGAGACUCGAUCAGAGCAGAGCUCAGAAAUUUGCGGGCUACGUCCGAAGUUUUGAUCGAUAAAGUCAAUGCGAUUUACAAGCAAGUCGAAGCAACGCUUAUGCAAAGACACUCCUUCGAUGACAGUCUCUACCAAGUGAAGUUGUGGAUCGACGAAGCAGAAAUUAAGUUAGGUGACGAAAUUAAGUUAGAUGCUACUCUUCUGGAUAAGAAACAGUCCCUACAUAACUACAAAGUUCUGUCACAGGAUGUCAAUCUACAUAAAAAUAUUUUGAAACAGUUGCAAGAUAAAAUCGGAAAUCUGGGCGAUCCAGAUGCAGAGUCUAAGUUAGACGAGAACUUAGAUAAAUACAACAACCUUGCUCAGGAGGUUCAAAAUAGAAUAGACAUUUCUGAAGAGUUUGUUAGUAACCAUGAAGCGUAUAAUCAGGCUAUAGAAAAGUGUCAUGACUGGUUGAGUGCCUUGACUGCUGAAGCUGCUCUGCUCGUCGAUGAAUCGUCUUCGGAGACACCAGAAUCCAAACUAACAAUUGUGGAAAAUCUACUGUCUCAGAAAAAUGAAGGAGAUAAAAUUAUAUCUUCUUGCAAGAAACAAAUGGAGACUGUUUUGGUUCAGACUGCUCCCAGUGGCCAUCCUUCUCUUAUAAAUAGUUUCCAGGAACAAGAACAGUCUUGGAACCUCUUUUUGGAACUGUGUCAAAACGCACAAGAAAAGUUGAAUGCGAUACAUAAUCAGUAUACGGAAGUAUCUAUCAUCAUGGAAGGUCUUGAGUCAUGGUUGAAGCAGAAAGAAAACCUAGUGAAGGAUCAGAGUUUGAAAAAUACGGAGGAAACAAAGAAGAUCCAUCUUGAGAAACUGAAAGCAAUGGAAAAAGAAAUUUUGAAUAAAGAACCGGAAUUCAACAAGUUUGUCGAGAUGGCCACAGCCUUGAAAUCCAACUCAAAAGUGUCGCAAAUCACUACUAGAUAUCAAAGUCUAAAGGGAACGGUCAAAGAUAAUAUUAAUAGAUACGACAGUUUCGUCAAAGAACAUCAUGAAUUCAAUGCCGAAUAUAAUGAAUUCUUAGUUUGGUUAUCAGAUAAGGAGAAAGAGCUCCAGGAUUUGUGUCAGAUCGUAGGAGAUCUUAACGUGUUGCAAAGUAGACAACAAGAAAUCAAAGAUCUUGCCGAUGAGAGAAAUCAGAGAAUCGAUGAGUUUGAAAACCUUCUGGAGAAAGGUGAAAAAUUAUACGCGCAUACAUCACCAGAUGGUCGUGAGAUCAUCAGACAACAGUUGAGAAAUAUCAGAACAAUUUGGGACACAUUUGGAGAAGACCUGCAGAAUGCUAUUUACAAACUGGAGCAGUGUUUGACUCAGUUCUCAGACUUCACAGCUACCCAAGAGCAGUUGACGAAGUGGCUACGGGACGUUGAGAAAGCCAUGCAUCAACACACAGAAUUGAAAUCUACGCUCCAAGAGAAGAGAGCACAACUGCAAAAUCACAGAAUAAUGCAUCAAGAGAUUAUGUCACACCAACAAUUAGUAGAAUCUGUCUGUGACAAGGCUCAACAGUUAGUGGAUCAAACCCAGGAUAAAUCGCUGAACAUUUAUUUGCAAUCGAUAAAGCAGCUGUUUCUCAGCAUCGUCAGUAAAUCGGAGGAGUUAUUGAAAAAUUUAGACGACUGCGUCGAUAAACAUACCGAUUACAAUAAACAAAUUUCGUCGUUUAAACAAUGGAUCUCUGAACAAAACGAUAAACUUCGUGAGUUUGAUGAUACUACCGGCGAGAAAAGUGAAAUAAAUAAAAGAAUAUCAAAUAUUUCCUCCAUCAAAAAUUUCAGUGAGACAAAAGGUCUCGAAAUGCUGGAAGAAAUUAAACAGAAGUUGAUAAGUGUCGCUAAAAGCACAGCGCCUAAAGGAGUGGAGGCGUUGAAGAAAGAACUUCAAGAAAUUCGUGGCCUAUUAGACCAACAUUUGACUAACGUUAGCUCUUCUCUGACCAGUCAAGCUGAGGCUGUUAAGAAAUGGGAGGAAUUCGAAAGUGAAUUGGAUUCGCUUAAUCAGUGGUUCAAAACAACCGAGGCUCAAUUCAGAGAUCAAUCUUUGAAGGCGACUCUACCAGAGAAGGAAGAUAAGUUGGAAAUACUGCAAAAACAACGCGAAGAAGUUUCGGACAAAGAAAAAGAUGUAGAUGCCUUUGUAGAUAAGAGCCAUAUGCUCUUACAAAACAGUGGCUCUCUAAGGAUAAAGCCUGUGGUGUCACAGAUCAGCAACAGGUUCCAAAAUUUGCACACUCUCACGAAAGACGUGAUCGGUCGUUGGCAGAGUAUCGUGGAUGACCACAAGAAGUACAAACAGAAGGUUGACGAGAUUUUGGCUUGGUUGGCACCGCUUGAAGAUCACUUGGGUGCGGUGAAGGAUGGUGAAUUGACCGACAACGCAGAGGCAAAUAAUAGAUUACAGUUAUUGUUGUCCGAAAAGGAACAAGGGGAGCAUAAAGUCAAUUCGCUUACGAUCCUUGGCGAAAGACUUCUGCCUGACACUGCUACAGAAGGGAGAGAACUUGUAAGGAAUGAAGUCAGAAACAUCAGAGAAAGAUGGGACAAACUAGUUGAAGGCGUUAGAGAACAACAGAAGCUUCAGGAUGCUCAGAGUUUGCAGCUGUCAAAUUACCAAGACAUGUUGCAACAAGCUCUAGCAUGGUUGGAUGCAAUGGAGAAACAAGUUAAAAUCGAACCAUCUUCCUGGACCUCCAUUCAAGAAGUUCGCGGAAAACUUUUGAAACACAAAACAACCUAUCAAGAAAUUCUUACUCACAAGAGAUCCAUUGAAGGAGUGACAGAGAAAGGUCAGAUACUAUCGCAGUUGACAAUCAAUAAAGAUAAAAAACAAGAGAUCGAAGAUAAUAUAAAAUCGCUAAAUGAACGUUACCAGAAUUUGAACAAAGUAGCUCAAAGCAACAUCAAGCAGCUGGAAGAUUGCUUGGAGAUUUAUCAACAAUUCUACGACUUGCACAAGGCCCAACAAGACGACCAGAAGCAGUUGUGGGACAAGCUCAACAACUACCUUGACUAUAGAGGAAAUAAGCAAAUACUUGAAAGGAGGUUGGAUAACAUCAUUGCCAUACAAGACAGCUUGCCGGAAAAUACAAUCAAAUUACGUGACUUGCAAAACCACGUAGAACACAAAAUAUCUGCACUCCCUGCCCGUGCACAGGAAAACAUGCAGAGAGAUGUCGACAGUUUGAAGUUUGAUCAGGAGAAAUUCGUUUCGACCUUAAUGGACAUCAGAUCGGCUCUGGAAAGUCGCCUUAAACAAUGGAAUGACUACGAGACUACGUUAGAUAGGCUGCUGUCUUGGCUAGCUGAAGCGGAAACAUCCUUGAAGAACUACUCUUCGAAAUCCACUGUCGAAGAAAAGCAAGAGCAGCUGGAAAAAUAUCAGGAACUAGCUAGAGUGGUUGAAUCGCGAAAAGUAGAUAUGAAGGAGUUCGUUUCUAUUACAGAUCAUUUGGAGCAAGCUCUGAUCCUGAAUUUGCGUCAAAACGAAGCCGAAUUUGAUAAGAUGUCUGAUGAUUCAGCAGAACUGGUACAGAGCAGUGGAGACACCAAAAUCUCGAUCAAUGUCCAACAGAUUAUAUCCAGGUUCCAGUCAGUGCAAGCCACCGCCAAGGAAAUACUGAAGAAAUGCGAACAAGCUGUUGCGGAACACAAGUUGUUCAAUGAUAAAUAUCGACAGUGUUCCGAUUGGAUCAGCGUUGCACAGGCUAGGUAA